CCGGUUUCGCCGUGCAUGUCGACUGUUGUCCUUAUCCGGCGGCUCUCACAAGACUGCUGGUAAGGUAAACGACUUCUUUCUUACGGCAUGAGACUCUGAUCGCAGCCACCAGGGGAAGAGGGACGGAGGUGCCAUGGGGCUAUAUACCACGACCAACGUCAAAAUGGCGCAAUAGGUCUGCCUUCCGCUCUAUGGUUCAGUCUGAAUGCUUUGCCUUGGAAGGUCCACGCUAGACCACCCGCUUGUACCACUUGUCAUUUUGAUGUACGCGGACAACCUUAGUUCAGGAUCCUUAGAUGACUCCGCACUGCGGGAUGCUAUGGGGAGCUUCGGCAUGGAGAGGCGCCACCGGACUUCGGCCGCAAAGGUCCACCGCCGACUUCCGUCAAAUAUCUGGCCGAGAGCCGGUAUUCUCUCGAAGAGGGUGAUGCGGGAGCCGUAGCUCGCAGCUGUGCGCAAUACACUUCUCAUUGGGAGGAUUGGUGGCCAAAGGAGACAGAGAACAAAUCGAGGUCAUCAUUCGACUCCGUCACGGUUCUGCUCGUGACAUUUUGUGGGAAGAGUUCGUGGGAAGACAACGAGACGUCCUUUUUCUUUUUCCCGUGGCCUUUGUAUCGCCCUCUGUGUGUCUCUGAUUUCUCCAUAAACCAGAGAACUAUUCUGUCCUGAGACUACUCCGUAUACACAGAAGUAUAUCGAGAAUGGGUGAAGCCAUGAGUGAACAACAACAACCCAAAAGGCCCAACAUCCUCAUCAUCGUCGCCGACGACCUUGGCUUCAGCGACUGCGGAUGUUAUGGCUCGGAGAUAUCUACUCCAUCCAUUGACUCGCUCGCCAGCGAUAGCGGUUCAAUUCGCUUCACGGAAUACCACGUCGCCGCCGCUUGCAGUCCGACACGGUCGAUGCUGAUGACCGGGACGGACCACCACAUCGCCGGCCUCGGUCAGCUGUACGAGUUUAUCCGCAGUUCACCAGCACACAAGGGCCAGCCGGGCCACGAAGGAUAUCUGAACAGCAAGGUCGUCGCCCUCCCCGAGCUGCUCUCAGAAGGCGGCUAUCUCACCUUGAUGAGCGGGAAAUGGCAUCUGGGCGUCAAGCCGGAGCAUCAUCCUCUGCGGCGUGGCUUCAAGAAAAGUUUCGCUCUGCUACCUGGAUGCGCCAACCAUUAUGCCUACGAGCCAGUGUACCUGGACCCUUCGACAGAGCCAGGCAAAUUCUUCGAGACUGCCACGCGCGCUCUGCACGUCGAAGACGACCGUUUCCUUAACGAGUAUGAUUUCGGGCCCGAAUGGUACUCAUCGGACGGAUACGCGGACAAGAUGCUAUCGUACCUGCAAACCCGCACGGACGAGGAAAAGGAGCAACCAUUCUUCGCUUAUCUCCCAUUUUCGGCUCCACACUGGCCCCUGCAAGCGCCCAAAGACGUCUGCGACAAGUACGAAGGCCUGUACCGCGACGGACCCGAAGCGCUCCGUCAGCGAAGGAUAGCCAAGCUGAAAGAGCUCGGCCUCGUCGACAAGAAUGUUGUGCCUCACCCUGUGGUGGCCGCCCCCGGCGAACAGGCCGAGUGGGAGAGUCUGGACGAGACCUCACGCGCGGCGUCUGCACGGGCGAUGGAAGUCUAUGCCGGCAUGGUGGACCGGAUGGACUGGAAUAUCGGUCGAGUACUGGACCACUUAAAGGAGACAGGUGAAUACGACGACACGUUCAUUCUGUUCAUGAGCGACAACGGCGCCGAGGGGGCCAGCUACGAAGCCAGCCCCCUCGUCGGGACGAGCAUCUUGGAGCACAUUGACAAAUAUUACGACAACUCGCUCGACAACAUCGGCCGGGGGAACUCGUUCGUGUGGUACGGCACCAGGUGGGCGCAAGCAGCGACUGCACCGUCCAGAUUGUACAAAAUGUUCUCCACCGAGGGCGGCUGCAGGGUACCUUUGGUGGUCAAACCGCCGGCCAGCCUGGCGCGCAAAUGUUCUAAGAACAAAAAAAGAAGUCAUGGUUUUGACGGCAUGAUCACCGACGCCUUCUGCACCGUCAUGGACAUUGUGCCCACCGUGCUCGACCUGGCCGGUCUGAAGCACCCGGGUAAAGAAUACCACGGACGACCGAUCGCCACGCUCCGGGGUCGCAGUUGGAAAGCAUUCCUCAGUGCACUGUCCGGAGACGAGGAAGGAAGCCAAUGCUUGACCAGUCGGCAGACGCCGAUCCACGCGCCCGACUACGUGGCAGGAUUCGAGAUUGCUGGCUCGGGCGCCCUGCGCCGUGGUGAGUGGAAGAUCACGUUCGUGCCGGCGCCCAAGGGACCGCAGCGCUGGGAGCUGUUCAACAUCAAGAGCGACCCGGGCGAGACGACCGACUUGCGCGAUCGUGAACCUCAGGUCUUUGCCGAAUUGCUCGCGUUAUGGGAAGACUACAGAAAGGACGUGGGUGUGGUCGGACUGGCUGGCGAGUACCCCAAGGCAGUGCAGGGCGCCCAGCAGACGACAUUGAAGGAUGAAAUGGAAGACCCGUACGCGUGGAUCAAGUUCAUCGGUAGAAAGCAUCUGGCACCGGCGGAGAUGGCUAAUGUUUUGCCGGCAUAA